AGAGGACGUGAGGUCUGGCUUCUACACCGGGAAACCAGACAACAUAUGACGCCUCUGCUCCAUGUGACUUUAUUGGAGAAAUAAUAAUGUUUGGUUCGUUUUCUGGUGGAAACGCGUUUUUUUUUGUAGGCAGCGACACUUGGCCGUCCUUGCGUGUCUCUCCAGACGCACCAGUGUGGCUCAUUUAGCCGUGAUGACAUCAUGAUGAGGAGCACUGGGGACACUGGUUUCUGUACUGGACCCACUGAUCACUGAUAUAGAUUUCAUCUUGUUUACAAAGAUAGCUAAAUACACUGCUGAACGGGGAAGGCGAGCCUCAUGAGUCGGCCUCGUGGAUUGCAUCGACAUAAUGGAUUUAACUAAAAUGGGUAUGAUCCAGCUCCAGAACCCCAACCACCCCACCGCCCUUCUGCAGAAGGCCAACCAGAUGCGUCUGGCUGGGACUCUGUGUGACGUGGUCAUUAUGGUAGACAGCCAGGAGUUCCAUGCUCACCGAACUGUGCUGGCCUGCACCAGCAAAAUGUUUGAGAUCCUCUUCCAUCGCAGCAGCCAGCAUUACACCCUGGACUUUCUUUCACCAAAGACCUUCCAGCAGAUUCUGGAGUACGCCUACACUGCCACGCUCCAGGCCAAGGUGGAGGACUUAGAUGAUCUGCUGUACGCAGCAGAGAUCCUGGAGAUUGAAUACUUGGAAGAGCAAUGCCUGAAGAUCCUGGAAACCAUCCAGUCCUCUGACGAGAACGACGUGGAGGUCAGUGUUAAUGACGGGAGCACAGAGGAGGAAGAUGAGCGCAAGGGCCGCAAUGGAGGCAAGAACUCCAAGAAGCAUUCCAUGGAGAGUCCCUACCUGUCAGGUACCCACCAAGCCUCCACCUUGCCCGGUGUGGUGGACCAGAGUCCCUCAGUGUCCACUUCCUUUGGCCUCUCCACUCUGAGUCCCACCAAAGCUGCUGUGGAUAGCCUGAUGAGCAUCGGCCAGUCCCUGCUCCAGCAGAGCUUCGGGGCUGAGCAGCUUGCCCAAGGAAACUCCCACCAACUGAUGACUGAAAUCAAGACGGAGAUGAUGCAAGUUGACAUGGGUGGCAACGGCCACGAAAGCCCGCAGAACAUGGAGUCCAGUGCCUCCAGCAACGGAGAGCGGAGCGGCGAGGACAGGAACCGAGACGGUCCAGGAACACCGACCAGGAGCAGUGUGAUCACCAGUGCCCGCGAGCUGCAUUACGCUCGCGAUGAAGGCAUGGGCGAUCCUCAGGCAGACAUCAGCCAAAUGGGGCUGGAAGCCAUGGCAGGAAUGACAGAGAAACAUCUGGCCUCGCUCUACUCCCUACCACCCAAUCAUAAAGCGGAUACCAUUAUGUCCAUGCCGGCAUCCAUGGCCUCUUCUCUCCCCAUGUCCCCAGCCCUGGCCAUGUCGAUGGACUUUAGUGCCUACGGGGGGCUCCUGCCACAAAGCUUCAUCCAGAGAGAGUUCUUUAGCAAGCUUGGGGAGCUGGCGGUGGGCAUGAAACCAGACGGCAGGAACCAGCACGAACGUUGCAAUGUCUGUGGUGCAGAGCUACCAGAUAAUGAAGCUGUGGAGCAGCACAGGAAGAUGCACAGUGGAAUGAAGACCUACGGCUGUGAGCUGUGUGGGAAGCGCUUCCUGGACAGCCUCCGUCUACGGAUGCACUUGCUGUCUCACUCAGCUGGUGAGAAGGCCAUCGUGUGUGACCAGUGCGGCGCCCAGUUCCAGACAGAGGAAUCCCUGGAGUCCCACCGGCAGAUCCACACCGGCUCGGACAUGGCCAUCUUCUGCCUGCUGUGUGGGAAGCGGUUUCAGACCCAGACAGCGUUGCAGCAGCACAUGGAGGUCCACGCCGGCGUUCGCAGCUACAUCUGCAGCGAGUGCAACCGGACUUUCCCCAGCCAUACCGCACUCAAACGCCACCUCCGCUCACACACAGCAGGCGACCACCCAUUCGAGUGCGAGUUCUGUGGGAGCUGCUUCCGCGAUGAGAGCACGCUGAAGGGCCACAAACGCAUCCACACCGGCGAGAAGCCCUAUGAAUGUAACGGCUGUGGAAAGAAGUUCAGCCUCAAGCACCAGCUGGAGACCCACUACCGUGUGCACACAGGUGAGAAGCCAUUUGAGUGCAAGCUGUGCCACCAGCGAUCCAGGGACUACUCGGCCAUGAUCAAGCACCUGCGCACCCACAACGGCGCCUCGCCCUACCAAUGCACCAUCUGCCUGGAGUACUGCCCCAGCCUGUCAGCCAUGCAGAAGCACAUGAAAGGCCACAAGCCUGAAGACAUCCCACCAGACUGGCGCAUAGAGAAGACCUACCUGUACCUCUGCUACGUCUGAGACCAGGGGGUGGAGAGAGAGAGAGAGAGAGAGAGAGAGAGGGGAGAGGAGGUGGGGUGUCGGGGUAGGGGUGGGUUGGGGGUGGGUGAGGGUGCAGGGGAGGGUGGUUGCCAAGAUAGGAGGCAUGAAGAACGGGAGUGGAUAAGAGGGCGGGGGGGAAGUUGAGGAAUGUCACGUCCGAGACUUGAAAGCAAAAGGGGGUUUGUUUUCUUUUCAUGCAAAGGCGACGACAGAGUACGGGGUAAAGGGUCGGCGGCGGUGGUGGGACGACGGCGCUAAAAAAAAAAAAGAGAGAGAGAGAGGAGGACUUGGACACGGAGAGAGAUUCUCCGCCACUUUCGGAUUCACCGGGUCAUUCACGACAUCUGCAACUGUGUUAUUGUUUCAGGUCAUGUCAUGCAGCGCCGUCACGCGAGUGAACUGCAAAGAAGCGACUUUUUGGAAACCGCUCGUCACUGGUGGUGAGAAAGCGGGAUUCUCAAGGGCUAUCUUAGCAUGCACAUUUUGUUGUCGUCAAAGAAAUCGAAUGCUCCACUCCAUUGUGUUCGAGUGCGUACCCGAAGGUCUUUGUCUUGUGUCGGAACCACAUCGGGACGGUUUUUCCCUGUUGUUCGUCAAGGUUCACGCUGCCCGAGUCCAAGCAAACCAGGGCUUGUAGGCAAAAGUCACACGAACUCACUCGUAGCUCGCUUACUGGACAGUGUUUUUGGAGACCUGUCGUCAAAACCAGGGUUGAGAUUUUGGCAGUGGAAAGGGGAAGUCAAAACAAAUCCAGUUCCAGUCUCUCUAACGUUUCCUUCUCUGGUGUCAUGAACACAUGAAGAAAGACCCAGACUACCCUCGCCUCAUUUUGUUGGCUAGGCUCUCCAUGCAGAAUGACAUAUCAACAUCCAUCUCCAUAUAACCAUAAACCCUUGCAUUUUGGGGUUGUUUAAUGUAGUUGGUUCAGAUUGCGAUGUCACUCCUAAACCGCACCACAGUCGCCUGGAAGAGGACGCAUCUUGGUGUGUGUGUGUGUUUUGUUUUUUUCUGUUGUUGUUGUUUUGUUUGGUUUUUUUUCUGGUGCCACCUGAGUUCAAGUGGUACUGCUUUCGCCAGGCCGAAAGAACCGAACUAAAGAAGUAAAUGCUCCAGUAGUUUGGAUAAACUACUCCAAACAUGCUUGGUAUGAAAUCUCCCUUAGUCCCCCGCCAUCCCAGCUGGGAAAUGUAUCUGUUUUGACACCUCCUUUUAGCGCUGCCAACCGCUAGGCCCUCACACCAUCCCAUUGUCACAAAAAAAAACGGCCUCUCCAGACGUGCGGUCGCCCCCACGUCCCACAGCGCCCGACGGUGCCAGUCAGAUAGCCCGUGAGAAUCGACAGCAGAGCUGGUAUGACAUGACAUAUGCAGUAGACGAUACAGUUGAACUGGAUGGAUGGAGGCACUAAUAUAUAGCAAACCAGGCACUCAUCAUGUUGUAAGGGGAAAAGAUGCUAGUGCUGCUUUUGUUGGAAAAUCUCCCCAGUCUUUCCAGCAGUCUUCCCUGGUUCCGCAUCUCCGUCAGAUAAGGGCUGGAGGAGGUCAAGUCACUGCUGGCCACCCGUGGUUCUCCCCAGAGAGCCAAAGUCUAACUUACGUCACUUUUUCAUGUUGUUAUGGUUUUGUUUUUUGUUUUGUUUUUUUGUUUUUUUUUUGUUUUUUUUUGGCUCCGCAUCUUAGUUUAUCACAGCUUGAUUGCACAGGUAAACCAUAUUACGACAACAGUCUCUGUUUGAUGUUUCUGAAAGAUAUAUUUUUUUCAGUGGCGUCGCCCCGCUGAAAACAAUACGUCUGCUCUGUUAAUCUCUUAGACCAUAACUCUCUAUUAUGCCACAUUAACUCGAGCUUAUCCAUUUUCUCUCAGCAAUACAUAACCGGACUGGUAUUAUCAAUGUACAUUUUAACCAGAUGACUAUUGAUUGAUUUCACACUAAGGACGAACUACACAAACUGACACGCUCAACAGUAACACUUUGAUCACAACAGCGCUCAUUUAUUCUCGAUUUGCCAGAGUGAUGGAAAACAAAACGACAGAAGGCUGCUUUUGGCGGGACCGCUGCGACUCGGGGGGGAACUCGUGGUGAAUGUUUUGAACGCUUGCGACGCCUUAGCUCCUCAAGGGCCGUCGGAGGCGUCGUGGCAGAUGUUACAGCAGGUCACGGACUGUUACAUGGCGUCGAACCAUGAAUGUGAAAGACUGCAAGCCGGGGUUUGGACUCGGCUGUAUCGCAGCGACACUUAGCGGGUAACGCUGUGCUCCACCGAGAGUCGGAGGUCUCAGAUUUUCAGCGGGUGGAUUGUAAUUCCAACCUCGGGAUUUUCUUUUUCCCAACCGCAACACAUGCAGAACAUUACGCCAGCAAUCUUUGACAACUAAAUCUGUGCAUUUAACCGCUUACCCUGCAGGUGUUUUGCUCAAUCUGCAGUCAUGCAACGCUACAGUCCAAACUUCAGAGGAUUUUGAGGAUUUUUAAUGUGUUACGCGUGUAGCGUUUGCAUCAUGCGCCGCUUUGUUGGCACGAUGUGGAACGACUGUCGCAGAAAUCUCUCCUGUUUCUGUUGAGUUUUUCCACGCAAGACCUCUGAAUUUCCGGCCUCCCGGCGUCUCCGGAGCACAGCAUCCGACCUGUUCGGACACAUAUCGCAGCCACGGGGUCGUCGCAGUUUCGCUAAGGCGUUCCAAGACUCGCGGCGAAGUCGCAGCGUUCCCGGGAUAAUCACAUAUUCAGAUGACCGGCGGGAUGGGGAAAGUCACAGUUUGGAUUCGAAAAAACAGCCCACGGAUCUCGGGGGGGCGAUCAGUAAGACGACAGAAUAAAUCAACUCCUUCUAUAUGGUUUUGUCCCUGCGUCUCUCGUUUCCUAUUAUUAUUACCUUGAGUUUGAUCUCAACACGUUGUACUUGAAUUACCUCGUUUUCGUGACCUCAUGUGCUUGUGUGUUUUAAUUUUCCCUUUUGUUUCAUUUUUACACUUUUUUUUGUUUAGUUUUGUUCUGUUUUGUGAGUGUAUGUCAGAAAGAUGCAUUGCACAACAUGAUAAAGCAAUGUGUACGCAGAAAAUUAAGUGCCAUGGUGAAGAGAUUUUUUUUUUUUUCUAAUGUCGUGUAUUUCUUUGUGCAUUACUUGUUACCAAACUUGGUAUUAUUAACCCUGCUUGUUGAAGAGCUGGAAGGUUUGGUCAUUUGUUAUAAAAGCUACCUCUAAGUUGUUAAUGUUUUGUUUUGUUUGUUUGUUUUUCCUUUUUUUUUUUCUUUUUUUGUUGCUAAAGCACAUUUUUUUGUGUUUGUGUUUUGCAUUAUUUCAUCAUUGCUAUUUCAUCUCAUGCUUUUUCAAAAAUGUUGAUUUAUGAUUGUCUUUUAAGCAACGUUUAUAUAAAAGGGUAAGAGAUACAGUCGUAGAGGUCGAUAGGAUGAAAAGUCAUUCAAAUGGAUGUUUAUUCUUCUCUUAUAGUCUCCCCCUUCCUCCCAACUGUAGAAGAGCAGAAAAAAAAGCAAUUUUGAAGCCUUAAGCGUGGAGCAAGAGGGAUGCAUGGAUAAGAGGAAGUGCUAGUACUUUUUAAGAGGGUUUAAAAACAAGAAUUUAAACUUGAAAAUAUGUGAAUAGAAUCGUAGUUUUGUAAUGUGAAAACAAAAAGAGGGUUCAUCGACUGCUGAACCGCCCAGGACAGGUCAUAUUUGCAGUGAUGCAGCGUGCGUUGGACAAUUGGAACUGCAAGUGGUAAUCAAAAAGAAAAACUAGAAGGUUAAAAAAAAAAAAAAAAAAAAAUAGAGCUUUCUCUUUGGUUGACGAGUUCUCUUGAAAAAUGAGUGUAUUCCUGAACAAGAGCCAACAAAAAGGCAAUUUGAUAUAUAAAAAUUGUGAUAUUUUUGUAUUCAGUGUCGGUCCUUUCUCCAUUUGUCGAGGGUUACAGCAGGGCACAAAUAUUUGUAUUUCUGUUUUUUUUCUACUUAGGUUUUUUUUUCUCUCUCUCUCUGGGUGUGAAUCAUUUUUGCCUUGCUCCUCUUUGAUAUUGUUGGACAUAAACACGUGUGUGAACAUAUUGUAGUAAGUGUUGCUUUCUGGAUGUCAAUUGCAUUGUAGGUGAAGGACUAAAUCUAUCUGCCACAAAUUUUGUGAGUGUGCGUGUAUGUGGAAAAAGAUGAAGAAAAAAAAACUAAAAAAAAAAAAACUAAAAAAAAAAACAAACAAAAAGAAACAACAACAAAAAAAACAAACAAACGGGACGGCAGGGGGACGCUGCCAGCCGACCAAUUAGUACUUGUCAUUCACAAUUUUCAAUCUAACUUGAUUGUCAGCAUAUAUUUCUUUUGUUUUUGUACUUGAAAAAAGAAGAAGGGAUGGCAUGUCCCGUGGUGUCUUGCCAUUUUAUUCUCAAACACUGUGAGCUGAGGGGCUUUUUCACCCUCAUAUAAUAUCCACCCACUAUAAUAUCCAGUCACGGCUCCAUCUGAAACCCACCAUAACCCAAGAGCUGAUCAGUCACAUUAUUCCUAUCAUUGUCCUCUGAAUGUUUUCUACUUUUUUGUGUGGGUGUGGGUGUGUAAACGAGGGUGUACCUGUACGUGUGUGUGAGUGUGUAUUAGUGAAAAAAUGCACUAAUCAGAUCAGAUACAAAAUAAAACAAUGUUCUAUGCCACUUUUUUUCUCUAUGUUGGAAAAAAAAAAAACUAUAUAUAUAGAUAUAUAUACAUUGGCAUCGAUAUAGUUCUUCCCUCAGUGUUCCUCCGAUGUUUCUGUACUAUCUUUGUGCCUAAAAAUGGAAAUUGUUCAACAAAAAUGUCCAUCUAUAUCUGCUUAGUUUCUG